GGGCAGCGUGGCUGCAGGGACGCCGUCUGGAGCACCGCGCAGGGGGACCGAUCCUGGAGCCGGGAGGCGGUGGCGGCGGGGAAGAUGUUGGUCUGAGCUCGAGUCCAGUCCAGCGUAGUCUCCAGCACGGCCAGCGGCAGAGCAGAAACCACUCUCUUGGGACCAGUCAUAAGCAAGAGACACCCACACUGUGACACAUGCCAGUGCCACCGCCACCACCCCCUCCUCUCCCUCCACCGCCUCCACCUCUGGGAGCACCUCCUCCUCCCCCACCACCAGCACCCCCGGUAAAUACAGACACUUCCAGCUCAAGAAAGCCGGAUCCGAAAGGUCGGAGUGCACUGUUGGCUGAUAUCCAGCAAGGAACUCACCUGCGGAAAGUGACGCAGAUUAAUGACCGCAGUGCCCCGCAAAUCGAGGGUUCUAAAGGAACCAGCAAAGAAGGAGGAGGUUCUGCAAACUCACGAGCUGUGAGCACACCCCCAGCCCUAGGAGACCUGUUUGCUGGUGGUUUUCCUGUGUUGCGACCAGCAGGCCAGAGGGAUGUGGCAGGUACCAAGUCAGGGCAGGCCCCUGGCUCCCGAGCACCGUCUCCCAGGCUUCCCACUAAAACCAUCAGCGGCUCCGUUAACCCCCCUGCAUCGCCCAGGCUAGGCAAUGCCUCUGAGACCCAUGGCGCUUCCAGGACAGUCCUUCCUCGCCCCAGCGUGCCCGCCCCUCCUCCCCCGACCCCGCCUGCACCUCCACCCCUGCCCCCGUCCUCCCCGGUCAAAGCUCCGCUGGUGUCCCCUCCUGGCCCACUGACCAAAGGGACCCCCCUGGUGGUUGCGCCAGCUGUUCCCUGCGCGCCUCCACCGCCUCCACCGCCACUUCCCCCAACCCCACCCCCACUGCCGUCGGCCUGUGUUCUCGGCGAAGAGGCGGCGAAGCCUCCCCUAGCCCCUUUGCACCUCCAGACCAUCCCGCCCCCGCUCCCUCUCCUCCCACCCUGUGGGUAUCCGGGGCUGAGCGCGGAGCCCGCCAGCCCGGCUCGAGACGCGCAGGAGCCGCCGCCCCUGCCGCCCCCCUAUACCUGCUCCCCGAGGGCCGCGGCGCCCGCACCUCCCCUGCCAGGAGCUAAUGGCAGCAGUGAAGUCCCACCUCCGCUGCCCCCCAAGUCCCCUAGCUUCCAGGCCCAGCUGCAGAAGGCCUUGCCCGCGCCGCCGGCGCCCCUGGGGUCCCAGGUGUUCCUGCAGAAGAAGCGACCAGGCCGAGGCCCAGGGACCAGUGGGGGAAAGCUAAAUCCACCCCCUGCACCUCCUGCAAGAUCGCCCACCACAGAGCUUUCAAGCAAGAGUCAGCAGGCCCUCAUCUGGACCCCAGCACAGCAGCCUGGAGGUCAACUACGAAAUGGAAGCCUGCACAUCAUCGAUGACUUUGAGUCCAAAUUCACGUUCCAUUCUGUGGAAGACUUCCCCCCUCCAGAUGAGUAUAAACCAUGCCAGAAGAUUUACCCCAGCAAGAUCCCCAGAAGCCAUACACCUGGUCCCUGGCUCCAGGCCGAGGCAGCCACGCAGAGCUCUGAUGACAUCAAAGGCAGAAAUUCUCAGCUAUUUCUGAAGACUCUCCGAUGAGAAGACAGAUGAAGCCAAGGUCCUGGGUUCCAGACUGCAGAAGAGGCCGCCCCCCAAGAGAACAGACGCCCCCCACCAGGCUCCAGCUGUAAUUAGGUUGACGCACAGGCUCUGAAUAGAGCAUUUGUUUAUUGUAAAUAAGAGUUUGCAUGGGCUUCAAAGCAGUGUUAUCAGUCGACUUUUAUUUGAGUAACAUUUUUUAAAACACCCACCAUUUUUCCAUUUUUUACAUCUUGGCACUUGUCAGUAAAGAUAGAAGCCUGCCCCUCCCCUGACCCCAUACGCCCAUUCCAUGACUGAAUAUGCUUGCGGGCAGGCCCUUCUUAGAUCUUGAACCAUUUUUAGAGAUUCUUUAGUUUGCAGUUGGUCCCAAAGUCUUAAGUAUUCAUAACAGCUUCUUAUUGGCAUGAUUUUAUAUUCUCAUUUACACCAACUGCAAAAUCGAACCAAAUAAUGCCUUAUAAAUGACACAGCUCAGAAGAGGUUGUGUGUCCCCCACACCCAGACAAUGCCAUGCAGCCUCCAGUGAACGAGAUGUCACACACAUCUCGCUUCCUUUCUGCAGUACAGGGAUGUUUUUUCACUGCCUAGUGUAAAUAUAUCACAAAGUAAAUGCAGGAAGGGGCUUUCCCCCCUCCAAUGCCAACCACAGGGCCCCCUUUGUCACUGAACAAUCAAUCCUACAAGAAGCCAGUGCUGUUACUGUUUACAGUGUCCCUAGUGUCCAGGUCUCCGUCACUUUGCUCCUGUCCCCUCCAAGUUCCCAGCCCCGUGCUAGUAGGCAGGGUAAGGUCAGCUUUCUAAGAUUUCAGUAUUUCUUUCCCUAUAGGUUAAAAACAUACACAACUCAUUAUUAUGAAAAACUACUAAUUCAGACGUCUUCCCUAUUGCCUCCCUCUUCGAGUGUGGGAUUCCCAUGGAAAAUAUGAUAUGAAAAAGUGUGGAAUGAAAUGGCUUGUGAAAUACCUGCCUCUGAAAUCUGGUGCCACACCCCUAACUUUAGGAAACUUGGAACCACCUAGCAGGCAAAACGGGUGAGGGACACUGCUGGAGCUAAAGUGGAACCUUGCUGGCCUGGCAGCUCCUAGCUCUUUCCCUCCUGGGGCAGGGGAUGAGUGCAUGCCCAAGCCCCCCAGUAUGGAAAAGGUCAGGCUUGCUGCAGUGGCUCCUCACACUCUUUUCUGAGCCAGUAAGAGAGUGGAAGAGUGAGUGUGUGUGUGUGUGGGUGUGCUGCCUGGUCCCGGAUGCUCCCUAUCCUUGGUGAGAGAAGGCAGUGACCGGAAGGAGAGAAAAUAGGGAACAGACUCAUCCAUGGGUUGUGCUCAAGAUAGCUGUAAAUUGAAAGAAAUCGGGAGGCAGAGAAAAGGGAGACCAGUGAAAACAUUUGUUUUGGAACAACACACUCAUGCAUCACACCAGAAGGAGGGUUAGGGCAGGCGACUGCAUACACUAGAGGUUGUCCAGAGUAAAGCGGAAGAUGGUGUCCUCCCCACACCAGUGUUGCACUUUCUCAUUCCAGAUGGAAGCAAGUGAACCAGGGUUAAGUUCCCUUCUCUGGGGAAUGAAUCGAACCAACUUGGAGCAGCUAAAUCAAUAGAAAAGAAGUUUUUGCAGUCAUCAGUUCUGGGCAUAAACUGAUUUGUUUUGCUGGUUCCCAAAGGUUUCCCAAGGGAUUUCUAUAUUAUAACAGCAUCCACUCCACUGCCCUUCCAGUUGUGUGUAAAGUAAUUAUAAAAGUUAUAAUUAUCAUGCUGACGAGGGUCCUGGACAAAGGCAAUUCCACCUCCAGAGGAGACUGGCCUGCCCUGAUUAGGUGUUGAUACAUUCAUGUUCCAUAAGACUGGGAUAGAAAUGCAAAAUAAAACUACUUAAGGACAGAGGGAAGGACUGAGCAGAAACCAAAAAUGGCAAUUAGGGAGAAAUCUCAGGAAUCUGGCAUCAUCACAUCUCUCCUCAAGACCUAUCACUUAAUUCAUAGCCCUUUGAGCUCAUGCUGGUGCAUGAGUUCCCCAGGCGGGUGGAGGGAAGGUUUCUUGACCGUCAGCUCACACGUAGGGAUGUCAGAGUCACAGAGUUCCCUGCCAUCCUGACGUUUGCUUACUGACACUGUGGUCUGUGACUGCCCCAGUGUUUCAGUGUAUUUUAUAUUUAUUGAUGUCUCCCACUGCAGUCAUUUCUUUGUACCUAAUAAACUUUAAUC